CUCGUCGUUGCUUAGCAACCAUUUCCAGUACAAACAUAAGUAAAAACCGCUUUUGUUGUUAACGAGGAACAGUAGAAAAUCUAGACACAACUUGUGAAAAACCUGAAGCACUAAAAAUAUGAAAUGGUUGUGUUGGAAGUGUACAAAAGAAAUAUCAAAGUGAGAUAUAAAAGUACACUAUUAUCGAAAGCGACAUUUCUGACGUUUCUCUGUGGAGUUUUGACGUACACGCUGCCUUUCAUUUUCGCAUAUAAGAGCGGAGGAUUUUGGUUGAAGACCGACGUGUUUUUUGAACAACCUAGAGUGAAUCUUUUGGGAGAUUAUUUGCUGGUUGCAACAAAUGACAAUUCGAGUAAUCCCAUAGUCUGCAGUACGUAUCCUUUCUACAAGCGGCAUCUGAACCAUCUAGACUUUUGUUCUCUCAUAAAGAACUACCGCCCGAUUAGUCUGCUUUCGUCGGCGGGUAAGCUGGCUGACAGAGUCGUUCUGCAAAGGCUCAACGAAGAAGUCGAGGACCGAAAUGUUGUGCCUAACGAACAAUUCGGAGUCAGGAGAGACCACUCUACCGAGUUACAGGCUCUGAGAUUAGUCGAAAAUACCCUCCAAGAGCUAAACCACAAUCUAAUUAUUAUCUUUUCAAUUUCCUUGUUUGAUAUCAUGUAUCUCAUUAUAAUUUUGAAAGACGUGAUGUUAUUUCAGGAUAUCUGUCCACUUCAUAUGCAAUCUGCCAUUAUUUACCAACAUUACUUUCAUCAAAGCGGUGGAACCCACUUCCAAAUCUUGGCGGAUUUGUUGGUUCACCAAACAAAUCCAAUAUACUGUGAUAAAAAUACGAUCAACAAUAUUUACAAUGAAUCCAUCAUUGACGUUGAUGAUGAUGGCAAGGAAACUAAGAAUUUCGAAAUAGAUAAUAUAAUAGAAAAAUACCUAGAAAGAAAUAUUACAACACAUUUAACGAACGUAUAUACAAACGUAAGGAGCGAAAACAAUAAAGUGUUUAACCUAAAACUAUCAGUUCGAUAUCCCCAACAAAGGAUUUACUAUAAACCAGGAUUCUGGCAGAUAAUAAAGGCAGCUUGGGUACAAUAUUCUGCAGUCUACACCAUCAUUGCUUGGGGUUCAUUAAAAAUAAAGAGUUAUUUCUUUAGAAACAGGCUAGUCUUCUACUAUGAAGAUUCUCCGUUGAAGAAAAAUAUAUGACACGAAAGUAAAUUCGAUAUAUCAAAAUUAAGGUGCUAUUAUUGAACCCAAGAACCCAAUUUUUUCAAUUUUCGAACAAUUUUAUAGAUUUUUAAUUUUCAACGGUAAAAACUCCUUCAAUAAAGCUUAGAAGGAAAUUGUAGAAGAGA